AUGAUUGUUUGUUCCAUGUGGUUUUGCUUUCCUUACUUGGUUAAUGCUGUUGCAAAAUCGGAAAAGCUUCCACUCAAUGGAAGCUUAGGAGCAUCCUUCGAAUUCUCCAGUAACUCUACUUUCUUUUCUUGGACAAACUAUACGCUUGCAGAUUGGAUGAGUUUUCUGGAUGAAAAAAGAUAUGGGAUAGGCUCCCAAAAACGUAUCGUAAAAACACUUCUCAUUGUGGCAUACUCCUUCAUCAUAGUGUUCUCUCUUUUUGGCAAUGUCUUGGUGUGCCAUGUCAUGAUCAAAAACAAGCGGAUGCAGUUUGCCACCAGCCUAUUCAUUCUGAAUCUUGCUGUCGCAGACCUAAUGAUCACCUUCCUCAACACUCCCUUUACUCUGGUUCGCUUUGUGAACAGCACGUGGGUAUUUGGGAAAGCAAUGUGCCACAUCAGUAGGUUUGCACAGUACUGUUCUCUCCAUGUCUCUGCCUUGACCCUGACAGUGAUUGCUGUGGACAGACGCCAGGUCAUUCUGCAUCCUUUGAAGCCUCGGAUUUCUGCCACAAAAGCUCUCGCUUGUAUUUGCGUCAUAUGGUUAUUAGCCGCUUGCUUCUCUCUUCCACAUGCCAUCUACCAGAAACUGUUCAGGUUUGAAUAUAGCAAAGAAAUUACCCGAUACUUGUGUCUUUCUGAUUUUCCUGAGCCAGCCGAUUUAUUCUGGAAAUACCUAGAUUUGGCAACAUUCAUUCUCCUCUACAUUCUGCCUCUUCUCAUUACCUCUGUCACCUAUCUGACCAUUGCCAAGAAACUCUGGUUCUGCACUGCCAUUGGGGUUGUGACAGCAGAGCAGUUCUGUGCCCUUCAGAGGAAGAAGAAGAUGACUAUUAAGAUGCUACUCCUGGUGGUGGUGAUCUUUGCCAUCUGUUGGUUCCCUUUGAACUGCUACAUCAUCCUUCUCUCCAGCCAAGUCAUCCACACCAACAAUGGCCUCUAUUUUGCUUUCCAUUGGCUUGCCAUGAGCAGCACCUGUUAUAACCCAUUUAUUUAUUGCUGGCUUAAUGAGAAUUUCAGGGCAGAAUUGAAGGCCUUUCUCAAUGUAUGUCGAAAAACCACUGGCCCAAGAGAGCAAAGACUUCAGCCUUCUACAGUUCCAUUCUACAGAGAAACCUGGCUACAGGAUGAUGACUUCAAAAGAGCACAGAAUUCUCUUGGCCUUCCAAUGGCCUCUGGUUUUCAUUUCGGAAAAACUAAUCUACUUUCCGUUGAGCCUACAGUUGCUGUGAGCUGAAUGAUGUGGCAAGGAGGUCAAUUCUGCACAUGCGGAUCAUCUUUCAGGUCCCAACGAAUGAGUGAUUGAGAAUGAAAUUUUGCUUCUCCAUUUGUAUGUGGCUUGGCUCACUAGACUGAGUCUUUUGAAGCAGCCCAUGUGCUCCUCUGUUGUGUUUCUGUAGUAUCAGUUGUGCAGACCCCCCCAAAACAAGGCAAUUUGUCUCUGUAUCCGCUAUGAAUUAUUGAUCUGGCCCAGUUGGGGGAGGGUGGCAGCUAAGGAAGGUGUGCUUGCUGGUUGAGUUCAGAAAAAGAGGGAGAGAUGGAGGUGGAGAGAUGCUGUAAUUGCCAGGGCUAAGAAGUAGGUCGUUUUUACCUUGAAGAAGGUAGUGGUAUUUCAGUCCUGUACACUGUAUAUAGGAGGGAACAGAACGAUACAUUCUUUGUAGUGUCAUUUCUGUAUUGCAUAUGCAUCUAUUUUGUAUUUUUAUUUAGGGCUUUAAAAUUGCACCCAAAAUGUUACAAUACUACUGUGCAACACAGACGGAAGAGUCCUACACUGACACCUCAUUGGAUGCAUGGAACUUUUGGGACAGUGCAUAUGUGUCAAAUGGAAUAUACAAUUGGUUGUCUUGUUCUUAAGUAUAUAUAUUGACAUUUAAAGUGCAAUUGUGUUUGCAAUACUCAAUUAUUUUUGGCCCCAUAGAACCUGAGGUUAGUUUGGUGACAUCUUUGUGCUAGUUCCAAAGUGUUGUAAUGGAGCCUUUUGUAAAUUAAAUUUUAAAAUACCAACACAAACAGCUUGUGUACAGUAUAUACAUUGUUAUCUCAACCUAUCUUUCUCCACCUCUAUCCCUUCCAUCCUAUAAAAGUUCUUGUGUUAUACAUGAUUAUUACAGACUUCUUCUUUCUUGUUGUCUUGAUUUCCUUCUCUUAUCUCUGUAUCUUUUAUAUGACUUAUAUUAUUUCAAAGAAUGUGAACGUCAUAUUUAGACGUUGUCACAAACUAAUUCUUACCAUAUUAAUCAAUAAAUUAAAUUAAAUAUAGAUAUUCCCAAAUUUGUUGAAGCUCGGUGUUGUUUUACCCGUUACCAACUUCCAGCUACAACCUUAUAGAUUAUCCUCCUUCUCAUUAUUAACAUAUAUUUUUAUUACUACUCAUCCAUCACUUAUUG